UUGCAAGGGGGCCACGCCACAAUGAUGCGAUGAACCCUAAAAGAAAAGGACGAAGGUGAGCAAGGUGGAAGGAAUGAUCACGAUACAUGUUUUGGUGGCCGUCACCAGGCCUAUAAAGAGGUCAAAGUCACACACAAUCAGACACACCAGGCUUCAAGUCAUCCAAGACGCAGAAACACAAGUCAACACUGCGUAUAUACUUGUGAGAUUUCAUUUGCUGAAAAAAAUGCUCUUGCUAAUCCUGCUCCAACUCCUGCUCAUCGCAUCCAUAAAUGCUCAGACAACUGCCCUCACUACGCCCAAUGCUGUGACCAGCAAUGCCGUGACCACAGCCGGUAACGCCGCGACUGGCAAUGCUGCAACCACAGCUGGCAAUGCUGCAACCACAGCUGGUAACGCUGCAACCACAGCUGGCAAUGCGGCGACCGGCAAUGCCGCAACUACAGCUGGAAACGUAGCAACUGGCAAUGCUGCAACCACAACUGCUAACGCUGCAACCACAGCUGGUAACGCUGCAACCACAGCUGGUAACGCUGCGACUGGCAAUGCCGCAACAACGUCUGGCAAUGCUGUGACCGGCAAUGCAGCAACCACAACUGGAAACGCAGCAACUGGCAAUGCUGCAACCACAACUGGUAACGCUGCGACCACAGCUGGUAACGCUGCGACCGGCAAUGCUGCAACCACAACUGGUAACGCUGCAACCACAGCUGGUAACGCUGCGACCGGCAAUGCCGCAACAACAUCUGGCAAUGCUGUGACCGGCAAUGCCGCAACCACAGCUGGAAACGCAGUAACUGGUAACGCUGCAACCACAACUGGUAACGCUGCGACCACAGCUGGUAACGCUGCGACCGGCAAUGCUGCAACCACAACUGGUAACGCUGCAACCACAGCUGGUAACGCUGCGACCGGCAAUGCCGCAACAACAUCUGGCAAUGCUGUGACCGGCAAUGCCGCAACCACAGCUGGAAAUGCAGUAACUGGCAAUGCUGCAACCACAACUGGUAACGCUGCAACCACAGCUGGUAACGCUGCGACCGGCAAUGCUGCAACCACAACUGGUAACGCUGCAACAACCACAGCUGGUAACGUAGCAACUAGCAACGCAAUUGGGAGUGCAAACACUGGAGCAACAACAAAUGCUAACAACCCAACGACGACAAGCGCCGCUGUCAUGUCAACCCGCGUGAACUGGGUUCUCCUAAGUCACCUCUGCGUGGCACUCCUUAAACUCUACACCAUGUAAAUACACUGGCUUUGUUGAUUUAAUUUAAAAUGUCACCAAAUGCACGUUGACUGGUCGAAACAAAGAUCCGGAUGAUGGCGUGUUUUAUUGUUGUCAUUGAAAAGAGAAAAAUAUUUUUAACCAAGACUUUAACAUAUGUCGAUUAUUGUACCGUGUUCAAGUAUUUUUUUCCCCAUAGUUUCUACUGCCAUUUAUAAAUAUGUACGUGUGACUGAAAAUAUGGAAAGGCAAUAUUGUAUAGCUAUUGUAACGUAUUUAAAUGGUAUUCAUUGAGGAAAAUGAAUAAUAAAUUUAUGCAAAGGU